CCAUCUUCAGAUGCUGCACCGGUCGAGAUAACAUCGAUAAGCCAGGUCGUCACAUCCUUUAUCCCGACGGCGACCUUCUGCGUUGGACCUGCUCUCUACUUCUCCUCCAUCGCGGGCGGACCUUUCUUCAACGGGUCUGCAAAUUUCACGCAGUACAUUUCUGGAACCAGCAGCUGCGAUGUAGAGUACUCUACGACGACCAAGACGAUAUGCGCCACCACCCUCACUGGUCUGGCAUCGAAAGUGACCGUGUCGGAAUGCGAUCAGGAGAUCACCAUCUCAAGCGAGUGUGGCUACAGCCUGGAGACCCCUACACCAACCCCUGCCAAAACUAGCGCGUCAGCUCUCAUCACACCUGCGCCGACAGUGCGAAGGCUCAUGACAUACUGGCUUGCGCCAUGGCAGUCAUUAACAGCCGGCGACGCACCCUCUGACGUGGACGUCAAAGUCUGCACAGUGCUCGAUGACGGCAGGAUGAAGUGCCAGCGGUACCAGGAGAUCUGGGAAGUCGUCGUCGUCACAUCAACACUCACCUCUUCGAUCCCCGUCGCUUUCUCCAGGGCCGUCUCCGGACCCGGCGCAUUGAUCUUCGACUCGAGUACGUCGUACAUCAACAGCACUACCGAGUUCAUCAGCUUGUCCAAGACUUUGCGUCUGGCUACUGAGAUC